UUUUUAGUUCUACUGAACGAGAAAGCCGAAUGUAAUGGGAAUCAGGCCUAAUUUUGCAGAAGACGUUCCAGUUUAUGGUGACAAAGAAAGGCGAAGUGCUGAUGAUGAACAUGUUGAAUACUCCGAAAGCUCACUGGCCGCAAGACGAUCAGCAAAUGUUUUGAAAUUGAAGCAACUGAAAGAAGCUCAGCCUAUGAUAACUCCAGCGUAUGGCGGAUUCAUUCAUCAUGAAAGCUCUGAUAAUGUUGCCGCCAUUGAUAAAGAUCUAGAUUUCGAGUAUGGUGACGGUGAUGCAGGAAUUCGUGAAAUGGCAGAACUUUACAGUUAUUCUGAAAUAGAAGAGUUCGGUAUUAACAUCAGCAACUGGAAGGAAUAUAUAGAGGAAUCAUAUGACGGCAAGCACGAACAGUUUCCAUCGACAUUCGAAGAAUUUAGUGCUGUCCAAAAAAAUUAUGUUAUUCAAGACCUUUGCUCUCGAAUGGAAAGUGCAGAUUUGGAAGUUCGUUUGAAAUCAGCUCGUAUAAUUCUCUUUCUGCUCCAGGGAUCAGCAACAGACUUUGGAUGUUUAGAAAAUGAGGAAAUUGAAUAUCAGUAUGAUCAAAAAUUGUUGAUGAAUGUCCCUAUUCGAAAAACCAAAGAAAUGGACCCUGAGGGCCCUUCAAUGGUCUACCAUCGUGCAAUCGAGAAUUCUUUCAUUUGUUAUAAGAACGGCGUUUACCAGGCGUUGUGUACUCUGUUGAUGACAGAAAUUAAAGAACCAUUUGAGAGCCCACCGAACGACGGGAGAAUUUCAAAAGCAAGCUCAAGAAGUAGCAGGAAUGCCAGUUUAGCCGAUCUCUCGGAUUCUGAAAAAUGGAGAACGCGGCAGUUGCCAACUAUGGUUGAUAAUGAAAUGCUUCGCGUAAUUCUCGCUGGACUUUAUCAUAUGAUUGUUCAAAUUCUCGAUGAGCGAUCUGGAAGAGAAGACGAAACCGAUAGUGAUCUUGAAACCAGAAAAGCGUUUCGCGAAGAAGUUCAAGAACCAAUCGAAAAUGGAAAUGAGCCUCUUCUUAUUGUACUUUUCGACAUGCUUCAUCCGUUCUACAUAGGAACUGCACCACAUUUUCCAAUUAAAAAGAUUGUCCUGCUUAUCUGGAAAAUUUUAUUGCUGACGCUUGGAGGUUGGGAGGAGCUUACUGUUCGUAAAAGAGAGAAACGAAUGACUGCUGGCCUUGAUAUAAUGGAGGAUACUAUAACUGUAGCUGCAUCACAGGCCGCAUUUAUCGCAAAAGACCAAGAACAUGUUCGUAAUAUGGCUCAUAGAGCUGGAAGUUUUGCGAGAGGCGGUAUGAUGGCCCGUCAAAUGGCUUAUAAUGAUGAUUCAAAAGACGAAGACGCUUAUUCGGAAGCGAGCUCCGAAGACUCAACGAUUGCUUCAAAGAAAGAAGAUUCUCCAGGCGCUUCAUCAUCAACCCCACCCUCCAUUCCUGAUACUGCUUCGAAUUUCAGACAGGGAAGUGGUGAGCAAACACCACGAGUUGGUUCCCCAGUUUUCCCGGUAAUCCAGAAGAAAACUCUGCCUUGGAGAAGCAAAACGAACGCUCAGGAUAUUGAAGAUUUUAUUCAAAAAGGUCGUUUCAAGUAUUUCAACUAUGAUUUUGACCCUGGAGAUGAUACAACACUUUUUGGCUUGCCUCCUUCCUUCUGUGGAGCUGUAAAAAUUCUUCGAAAUAACAUGUACACGUCACUUACAGAAUUGCAAGUCAAAAAAGAUGAAGAACUGAAUCGCUAUCUAUUUUCAAUGAAGGAGGAUAUCCCAGAAACGAAAACCGAAACAUUGUACAGGAAAAUUUUGCCAAAUUUGAGUCAAUAUAUUUGUGCUCUGGUGAAGGUUAUGGUUUCGUCAGUGCCAUCAACGAAAGCACGACAUGAAGGUUUAAAUGUACUGAUUGAUUGCUUAACGCCUGAAAUGGAAGCAUCUGAUAUUUUAUCAAACUCAAUAUCCCUCGAUAAUUCAACAUCUUCUCCAUUGGAGGAAGGAUUCCGACUUGCCAUUGACAUCAACCGCCAUAAAGAGAUUAUCGUUAAAUCACUAUCAGCAAUUCUUCUUUUGCUAGUUAAGCACUUCAAGCUGAAUCACAUUUAUCAAUUCGAAUACAUUUGCCAACAGAUUGUAUAUGUGAAUGGAAUUCCCUUGAUUUUAAAGUUUCUCGAUCAGAACACAAACAAAUUAAUCCAAUCAAGACAUGAAAUCUACGCCUACAACUAUCCACAAUGUUUGUACCAUUAUGUCAGAAAUAAUGAAGAAUGGCCAAUUUUGACUCAAGACAAUAUAGAAGAACCACGUCCACCUGGCGCUGGCCCGUAUUUCAUGUGGCGAAAUGUUUUCUUCGCAAUCAAUCUCAUUCGUCUACUCAACAAAUUGGUCAAAGCUAAAAACGAUCGAGUUAAAAUGCUGAUGGUGUUCAAAUCUGCUCCAGUUUUGAAGAGACUUUUCAAAGUACGAGUAUCGGUACUACAACUUUACGUGCUGAAAGCGAUCAAAAUGCAAUCACGAUACCUUGGACGCCAGUGGAGAAAAAGUAAUAUGGACAUAAUUUCGGCGAUCUACUCGAGAGUUCGACAUCGAAUGACCGAUGAUUGGGCGUUUGCUUCUGAUAUCAAGAGAAAGUGUGAUUAUCAAAAAGAAGACAGUUUGAUCAAAGCAAGCAUCGAAAGAUUCCAUAGUAGACGAUAUUCGGCAUUAUAUCCUCAAUUUGCUAUUGAAGUGAAUGAUGCUCCAAUGCCUGGUGACGACUACCUGAAUCGAGUUGAUAUGAGAGAUUUUGAGCCCGUUGACACGUGUGCUCACUCUGUUCUUGGUGCAAAUCUGAAACUUGGACGUCAUUUUAAGAAAGAUUACGAAAAGUGGCUUGAACAGGAAGUCUUCAAUGCGAGUAUUGAUUGGGAUAAACUUCUGAUAGAGACACGUGGAGUGGAAGAUCUUAUGUAAAUCGAUUCGAUCCCGUUUCCACUGAACAAAAAUCUGUAAAUAACUAAUUAUUAGUUAUUAAUUCUUCUUUAACGAUAAAAACGAGUUCAUCUUUAUUGUUCCCUUGUUCCCCAAUGAUAACUAACUUGUAAAUCGAAAUUUUGUUUGAAAUUUUAGAUCUCCCCAUGCCCCCUUAUACUUUACCAACCAUCAUUUUUCGAAAAUAUUUAAUUUUUCCUUGUCAGAACCAAUAAUUGGACUAAAACCGAAUGAAUUCAAUUGUUUACAUAACAUCGUUGUUUUGUUAUUUUGAUCAUUGAAACGUUUCAACACUUG